AGCGCGUCGACGGGCAAAGAUCGAAAAGGCGCGCUUCGGACGAAUUUCGCUAGCCAAUCUACUCGAUAGAGGAAAAGAAAAACAAACUGGACAAUAAAUAAAAUAAAAAAUAAAAAAAACAUUCUUUCUUUUUACACCCUAGAUCUAGAUGAACAAAUUAUUUCGCAACAGCCAAAGUCGUGAAACCAAUUGAAGAAUUCAUUUGGUUUAGUCGACUUGAGCUUGCUUGUAUUUUUUUUAUCCAAACAGCCCAAAAAUGCAGCUCUCCCACCUCACCCUCGCGCCAUUAAUCCUCUCCGGCCUCCCUGGGGCUCUGGCCUGGGGAAGCCUGGGGCACAUCACGGUCGCGUACCUCGCGUCGCGGUUCGUGGCGCCGCAGACGGAGACUUACCUGCAGAGGCUGCUCCGCAACGACACGGACGCAUACCUCGCCGGCGUGGCCACGUGGGCCGACAGCAUCCGGUACACGAAAUGGGGCCACUUCACGGGCGUCUUCCACUUCAUCGACGCCAAGGACGACCCGCCGCGGUCGUGCAGCGUCGACAUGGACCGCGACUGCAAGGACCAGGGCUGCGUCGUGACGGCGCUGCAAAACUACACGUCGCGCAUGAUGGACCUCGACCGCCUGCGCGAGUGGGAGCGCGCCCAGGCCGCAAAGUUCGUCGUGCACUUUGUCGGCGACAUGCACCAGCCCCUGCACGACGAGGACGUCGCCCGCGGCGGCAACGGCAUCCACGUCCUGUGGCACGGCCGCGAGUACAACCUGCACUCGGUCUGGGACAGCGCCAUCGCCGAGCAGCUGCGCGGUGGCGUCCGUCGCGGCCGUGGCAUGUACGAUGCUGCCAAGGUUUGGGCCGACGAGCUGGAGCGGGAGGUCAAGGCCGGUAGGUUCCGGGCCGAGAGCGAGGCUUGGCUCGACGGUGUCGAUUUAGCCGAUCCCGUCGGUACCGCUCUCAUCUGGGCCAGACAGGGGAAUGCUUUUGUUUGCAGCCAUGUCCUUCCGGAAGGCCCCGAAGCCAUCAAGGGCCAAGAACUCAGCGGCAAAUACUACGAGGAGGCUGCACCCGUCAUUGAGAGUCAAGUAGCUCGGGCCGGCUUCCGUUUGGCCCGCUGGCUAGACCUCAUCGUCCAGAACAUACACGACUCGUCGUCGGUUUCUUCGAUUACCGACCUUUGACACGUUACGGGUCCUCCGGUUAGUUAUAUAUUAUGAAUCAGACGCAAUCGUUCCGACGGGGAAGGGUAGUUUUGCGCUAGAUGUUUUGUCAAGAUGGAAGUUCGGGCCGGCGAUUGAUGGCCCUGAUCAGCGCCACACACAAAUACAUGACUCGGGGCUUUGGGGGAAUGGUUGAUGCCUCCAUGAAAGAAAGUAAUAUGGAUGUUGAUCUAUUGGACUGCCUAAUAAGCGGCAAAGAAGGAAAAGAACUCCGUCGUAUACUAGGAACAGGCUAUUCGUAUGUCAAGUUAGAUAAUACAGGUUUGCAGCUUUCCAAUUUAGUGAGUAAGCGUUUGCAUUCUUUUA